AGUCUCAAGUAAACAAGUUAAACUCCGUCGCUUUCAGUGUCAACAGGAGCUAACUUAUGAAAUGUAAGAUGCUGUUUCACCCUCAUGUCGCUCUGUGGUCGCUGGUGUCGCGCUGCGCGUGAAGGAAGAGAACUUUGUUCGCGAAUGAAGUUCGCGCGCGCCAAGCCAAGGACACACGAGUGAACAGGAAGUCGCUCUGGAUUUCUGUCGAUUUAAAGUUUGGUCUCAUGCCAAUCCAGUUUAAAGACCGGCAGAGCAAAACGGGAGCGUGUUUCUGAAGCGUGGAGGUUUUCUGCUGAAUUCGGUACUAUAUUUUUUUAUACAUAUGAAUAUCAAAGGAGCACUUUUAUAAAACUCCUUUAUGAGUCUCUCCUCUGCUGGCUCCAUGUUGGAUGAAACAUAACCGUCCAGACUGAACCAGCAGUUUUCAAUAACGUUGUCAGUGCAUUAUGCCUGAUGACAUGGCGAGGCCUUUGGUCCGAGGAGGAGGAGGCUCCAGGCACCUCGAAGCCUCCCUGUCCGAGCCCGGCGCUCCGGUGGUCGGCAUCCUGGGUACGGGCGACUUCUCCCGCUCGCUGGCCAGAAGGCUCGUGGCCUCCGGCUACCAAGUGGUGGUGGGCAGUCGAAACCCAAAGCGCCUGUCGGCCCUGUUCCCCGAGGAGGCCGAGGUGAUGUCCCAGUUGGAGGCAGCCGGUCACGCCGACCUGGUGUUUGUCGCCGUGUUCCCCGAGCACCACUCCACGCUGUCGCAGUUGAAGCCGGCGCUGGCGGGGAAGACGCUGGUGGACGUCAGCAAUGGUUUGCAGAUCAACCGGGAUGGGCCCUCCAAUGCCCAACAGCUGGCCGAUCUGUUUCCAGAGAGUUUUGUGGUCAAAGGGUUUAACACCAUUUCAGCCUGGACGCUCCAGACGGGCCCUCGGGAUGGGAGCAGACAGGUUUUCCUCUGCAGUGACCAUCACAAGGCCAAGAGCGCAGUGACGCAGCUCUGUCGCAGGAUGGGCUUCGUCCCCGUCGACAUGGGCUUCCUCUCCUCGUCUCUUGAGAUCGAAAACAUCCCCUUCUAUCUGUUUCCCUCCUGGCACAUUCCCAUCCUCUGCACCCUGGCCCUGUUCAUCUUUUUCUACCUGUACAACUUCACCCGUGACGUCCUGCAUCCCUACAUCACAGAAAGGAAGAGUGUUUUCUACAAAAUGCCCAUCGAAACGGUCAAUGUCACGCUUCCCUCCGUGGCCUUGGUGAUGUUGGCGCUGGUCUACCUGCCCGGUCUCUCUGCUUCUUACCUCCAGCUGUGGCGAGGCACAAAGUACAGUCUCUUCCCCAACUGGCUGGACCGCUGGCUGACCAGGAGGAAGCAGUUUGGACUGUGUAGCUUCCUGUGUGCAGUUCUUCAUGCCGUCUACAGCCUGAGUCUUCCCAUGAGAAAGUCUGCUCGCUACAAACUGCUCACCGCCGCUUUUAAACAGGUGAAGCAGGGGGUGGAGGACUCGUGGGUGGACGAGGAGGUGUGGCGGAUGGAGUUGUACCUCUCCGUGGGCAUCAUGGCUCUCGGGCUGCUCUCCCUGCUGGCUGUCACGUCGCUGCCGUCGGUGGCCAACGCUGUCAACUGGAGGGAGUUCAGCUUCAUUCAGUCCACUCUAGGUUACGGUGCCUUGUUCAUGGCCACCCUCCACACACUCCUCUUCGGCUGGGACCGAGCCUUCAGCUGGGACCAGUACAGGUUCUACCUGCCCCCCACCUUCCUGCUGGUGCUGAUCCUCCCGCUCGGGGCUCUGCUGGGCCGCCUGGCUCUCGUCCUGCCCUGCGUGGCGCUGCGGCUCCGGCAGAUCCGCCGCGGCUGGGAGCGGAGCCAGUACAUCCGCUUCACCCUGACGGACGGAGGCUGCCACGACAGGCUGGAGGACGCCAGCGCCGUGUGAGGGAUAGUAGAUGAUAGGUAGAUGAUGAAUCAUUUAUACAUUUACAAGCUGGUUUCUGUAGCCGGAUUUUCACAGAUUAGCUGGUAGUUUACCAAUCGAGCGGUUGGCCUUGAUGCACUAUGCUUUGUGAUUAUGACUGUUCACGUCACUGUCCUAAUUCUUUUGACUUAUGUCCCGUCAAUACUCUGGAGUUUGUUUCAACCCAGGACUAAAGGAGAGUUUUAGUUUCUGGCCUAAUUUAUUCAUCUCACUGUUGAACCUGCUGAAGAAUUUAUCAGUGGAGCAGCGCAGCUGCUUAAUAAUAAGAUUUCUUCACUCGUGUAUUCUCAAACUUUUAUUUUUCAGCUUGCACCUUCAACACAUCCCGUGGUCCACUUUUUGUCCAAAUCCAGAUUUGAACAGGUUUCAUAUUAUUUCUUGUCAGUGUGUAGUUUUUUUACACAACAAAUUUAAAUUUCUCUCAUAUUUAAAUCAAACUGUUAUGGACUGUACAUAAAAAAAACAACCCCAGCGUUAUUCAUAUUUUCUUUGGACUUUCCCUGUGAACUGCAGCCCUUCUUGACAAUUUAUCAAAAAUGAUAUAAACAAUAUUAAGAUGGAAUGGAAGUCCUUCAGCAAAUUACAACAUUUGUACCAUUUUCACACCAUUUCCUUUACAGACCCUCACUCAAGUGUUAUUCAGUCCCAGAGUCUGAAGCUGUUUUUUUAUUUUUUAUUUUAUUUAACAUAUCACUUUUUAUUUAUUUUCAUUGUGUUGUACUAAUCUCAACCGUGUUUUUGCCAAAGAUGAUCGUGUCACCUGAUGGAUGUUUUUCUGAGUCUAAAUUAAAAUGUUACAUUAGUGUCUAUUACCACCAAAAUGUGAAUGUAAAGAUUUCAACAGGAUGAUUCUAGAAAGUGGAAUAAAGCACUUUUAUCUACAA